GUUGGAAGAUUAUGAUGAUCUCAUGCUAAUCUGGACACAACAAAGUGAGACUCUGAAAGAAACCUAUGGUGAAUAUUUCCUUGUUGAUCUCAUAGAGCAUCAAGACAAAGAGAAUCAGGCAGCUGUUUGUGAGGAUGGUGGCACUGCAGUGGGAUUCAUGAGCCUCUGUUCUCAAGUGAAUGUUUCCUUGUUUCAAGAGUGUUUUGACUUGGGGCUUUUCCAUGGACUCUGUAAACCACAUCCUGAAGAUAUUCUCCAAGUGCCACGGAAGCCAAGUGUUCAAGAAGAUGAAGAUGAAAGCAACCAAACAAGUCAAAACCCAGAGUCUGUUUCAUCUCAAAACUUUGAACAUAUUCCUGGUCAGGAUGCAGCUGUGCAGAAAGAUGGAUCCAAGACCAUUUCUCAGACUGAACUGCUGUUAGGUCAUGUCAGUGUCAAGGAUGUUAAAGCCUCAGCAACACAUCUCCUUGAGAUGGAGGAGAGAGGGGAUUUUCAUCCAGUGUACAGAGGAGCUUCAAAUGCUUUCUGUAUCCGUCUGUUUUGUAUCAAUGAGAAGUAUGAAACCAGGUCACUAGAUUUUUUGAAUUAUGCUUUCAAGGUUUUUCCAGACAGAGAUUUCUGUGUCAUCCUGGUGCCACACCAAGUGCCAGAGUUCCACCUGCUCCAGAGUUUUGUUCGGGCUGUUCCUGUCUGUACUUCCAGACUCAGUUGUGAGCUUUACCUGUUCCACCGUGUAGGAUUGCUCAAGUGA